AUGUCUGGGUUAUUCAACCGAGAGAACGCCUUCUCAUCGCACAGUUUUUCGCUGGUGAAGCGUUCGCGAGGCUUGAGCACCGGCCCCCUGCUUGAUAUCGUUAUUAGAAUUAACCCUGGUCUGAUUGCAACGACGUUUUUCGGAACUUCAACGGUGUUCGCCUGCUUUUCUUUGGCUUCUCUGUACGCUGCGGAUGGGAAGUUUCUCUGUCUUGGCGGUACGCUGCUUUCUGUUUGUUCUACGCUCUUCUGGAUGGCUUUGUUCAACAUAUUCUUUGGCUCCUAUUUCGUGUACCAAGUAAACUUGUACCUUGGUCUGACACUCAUGUGCGGCUUUGUCUUGUAUGACACCCAAUCCAUCGUUGAAAAGUGCCGCAUGGGUGACACGGACUACGUCUAUCACUCGAUGAAUCUGUUCAUCGAUUUCAUCGGGAUGUUUACUCGUUUGCUUAUCAUUCUCACACAGAAGGAGGAUCGUAAAAAGAAGAACAGAGAUUAA